UCACUGCGGGACCGGGAGCUGCACCGCGGAGCAGCGGGUCGGGGCAGCGGGAACACCGGGAGCGCCACGUCCCAGCAGCGGGAGAAGCACCGGGAGCGGCUGGUCCGGGCAGCGGCAGCGCCGCGUCCCAGCAGCGGGAGCCGUCCCGCCGCGCGGGGCAGAGCGGGACACCGGGAGCCGUCCGGGGGGACACCGGGAGCCGUCCAGGCGGACACCGGGCACACACGGUCUGGGCACCGGGAGCGCCCAAGCGGGUCUUCAGCCCGUCCGGACACCGGGAGGACUCCGGACAAGAGCGGGCACUGCGGAGUGAUCCCCGGGAGCCAUCCAGCCAGCACCGGGCACGGCAGAUCCAGCCAGGAGGACCGGCCGGCCGGCUGGGCACCGGGCACGGUAAUUUGGGGCGCGGGGGCACCAUGGGCCCCCCCAGCGUGCUGCCCGCCCUGGCCUGGCUGCUGGCGGGGCUGAGCGUGCCGGCGCCGUGCCGGGGGCAGCUGCACGGCGAGAAGGGCAUCUCCAUCCCCGACCACGGCUUCUGCCAGCCCAUCUCCAUCCCGCUCUGCACCGACAUCGCCUACAACCAGACCAUCAUGCCCAACCUGCUGGGUCACACCAACCAGGAGGACGCCGGCUUGGAGGUUCACCAGUUUUACCCCUUGGUGAAGGUUCAGUGCUCGUUGGAGCUCAAGUUCUUCCUCUGCUCCAUGUACGCCCCGGUGUGCACGGUGCUGGAACAGGCCAUCCCGCCGUGCCGCUCCAUCUGCGAGCGGGCGCGCCAGGGCUGUGAAGCCCUGAUGAAUAAAUUCGGGUUCCAAUGGCCCGAGAGGCUGCGCUGCGAGAACUUCCCCCGGCACGGCGCCGAGCAGAUCUGCGUGGGGCAGAACCACUCGGAAGAUGGCGGCUCGCCGGCCUUGCUCACCAGUGCCACGCCGUUGGCCGGCCAGGGCACGCCGGGCGCCCCUCGCUACGCCACCCUCGACCACCCCUUCCACUGCCCGCGGGCACUGAAGGUGCCCAGCUACCUCAACUACAAGUUCUUGGGGGAGAAGGACUGCGCGGCGCCCUGCGAGCCCACCCGUCCCGAUGGCCACAUGUUCUUCAACGAGGACGAGAUCCGUUUUGCUCGGAUCUGGAUCCUCAUCUGGUCUGUCUUGUGUUGUGCCUCCACCUUCUUCACGGUCACCACUUACCUGGUGGACAUGCAGCGUUUCCGCUACCCCGAGCGACCCAUCAUCUUCCUCUCGGGGUGCUACACCAUGGUGUCCGUGGCCUACAUCGCUGGCUUCGUGCUGGAGGAGCGGGUGGUCUGCAACGAGCGUUUCCAGGAUGACGGCUACCGCACUGUGGUGCAGGGCACCAAGAAGGAAGGUUGCACCAUCCUCUUCAUGAUGCUCUACUUCUUCAGCAUGGCCAGCUCGAUCUGGUGGGUCAUCCUCUCCCUCACUUGGUUCCUGGCCGCUGGCAUGAAGUGGGGCCAUGAGGCCAUCGAGGCCAACUCCCAGUACUUCCAUUUGGCCGCCUGGGCCGUGCCGGCCGUCAAGACCAUCACCAUCCUGGCCAUGGGGCAGAUCGACGGGGACCUCCUGAGCGGCGUCUGCUUCGUGGGCCUCAACAACAUCGACCCUCUCCGGGGCUUCGUGUUGGCCCCUCUCUUUGUCUACCUCUUCAUCGGUACCUCCUUCCUCCUGGCCGGCUUCGUCUCCCUCUUCCGCAUCCGCACCAUCAUGAAACACGGCGGGACCAAAACGGAGAAGCUGGAGAGGCUGAUGGUUCGUAUCGGGGUCUUCAGUGUCCUCUACACCGUCCCGGCCACCAUCGUCAUCGCCUGUUACUUCUACGAGCAGGCGUUCCGCGAGCACUGGGAGCGCAGCUGGAUCAGCCAGAACUGCAAGAGCUUGGCCAUCCCCUGCCCGCUCCACUUCACCCCCCGCAUGACCCCCGACUUCACCGUCUACAUGAUCAAGUAUCUCAUGACUCUCAUCGUGGGCAUCACCUCCGGCUUUUGGAUAUGGUCAGGGAAAACCCUCCACUCCUGGAGGAAGUUCUACACGCGACUCACCAACAGCAAGCAGGGCGAGACCACGGUGUGACCCCCCCACCCCAAAUCCCAAGCCCAGCUGCUGCCCUUCAGCUUGAAUUAUCCUUUUUUUUUUUUUUUUGGGGGGGGGAGGGUUGUUUUAUUAUAUAUUUUUUAUUUUUAGAUUUAUUAACGUCUACGGUGUCUCUCUUUUUCUCUUUGAUUUUUUUUUUUUUGGUAAUUAAACCUGUAAAUAGCAUUUGUAAA